AUGAAGUCAUUCUUUUCUUCCUUGACUGUAUUUGCCAUCUCACUUUCGCUUCUAGCAAGCGCCCAAGCCGCUUCCAACUCAACCAAUGGCCCUUCGUGUGGAGUUGCCAAGCCAGACGACAGCUACUUCAGUGUUGUCGGCGUGCAAGGAACCGGGGUGCAGCCGAGACAGGAGCUUCGUGAGCUCCAAAAGGACAGGGAGCUAUGGAAUAUGUUCUUGCAAGCGUUCUCUCGGUUCCAAGCUAUGGACCAAUCUGAGAAGACAUCUUACUACCAGGUAGCCGGUAUUCACGGGGCGCCUUUUGGGCAGUGGGACAAGGUGAAGGGGCAACCUGGCCAGGAGAUGAUGGGUUACUGUCCUCAUACAUCCAACAUCUUCGGAACGUGGCAUCGGCCAUACCUUGCGCUCUUCGAGCAGAUCCUCCAUGACCGUGCUGUGGAAAUCGCUCACGAGUACCCCAUUGGCGAGGCCCGUAAUAGGGCUCUGGCAAUCGCGGCUCGAAGCGAAUUCCGAUUCAAAGACUGGGGUCACACUAUCCGCUAUCCGCUUCACCCAUAUGCUGUCAACGCCACUAGCCGUGAUGUCGAAGUGAACGUCCGAGUAGGAAAACAGCAGCCCAGUCUCCGCGACAUGCUCUACAAGCUAUUGACCAUCUAUCAACCCUUCAGCCAAGUGAGUAACAAGGCUAGCGGUGGAACUAUCGGUAACGUCGAGACGCUCCAUGACGGGCUACAUAACGUUUUCGGCCUCGGGCACAUGGGCGUUGUCGAAGUGUCGGCAUUUGACGCGGUCUUUUGGUUUCAUCACUGCAACAUUGAUCGAAUCUUGGCUAUAUACCAAGCUCGCUACCCUGAUACAUGGAUUGAAGAUGCCAAACAAGCGACAGGAUCUUUCGCUGUGGCCAGAGGCAGUGUCCUCGGAACAGCAUCGCCACUAGCUCCAUUUCAUAUGAAUGCUCUUGGUGACAUGUGGACUUCCACCACAUCCCGUAAUUGGACUUCGUUUGGAUACACCUACCCUGAAGUCGCCAACAACCCGGACAAUGCGACACUUACUUCGUCUAUUAACCGGUUAUACAAACCCAAGACUCAGGGUCUGAGCAACAUCAACGCGACACAUCCUGUUCCAGGAGGAAACUCUACCAAUGCCACUGCUCAGGCCACAGACUGGCUAUGCCAAGUCAACUUGCCCACCGACAUCAAGAUCUCCUACUCUGUUCGCGCCUUCUUGGGCGAGCCCAGUACCAACCCAGUUGACUGGCCUACAGACCCCAACUAUGUGGGUCAGAUUGCCUCCAUGUCUUCUCCUCGCAUGAGCUCUUCUGUCGUCACCACGGGUAACAUCGUGCUGACAGAGAAGCUUGCGCAAAAGCAUGCAUCUGGUGAGCUGAAGAGCUUGGACAAGGAAACAGUUGCAGCCUAUCUCAAAGAGAAGUUCAGUUGGCGUAUCCAAGCCCUCGAUUACACGGAGAUUCCGCGUACCAACCCGCCUGCCGGUCUGAACGUCACCGUGUUCAACGUCCCAGUCAGCAUCCCCAAAUCAGACACCGAAGUGCCUACUUGGAACGGGCAAAUCGAGUACAACGAGGAGAUACAUGGUAACCCACCUGUGUAUAAUGGACCUGGCCUAGAUGGUACAAACUCGACACUUCCCGCAGGCCAGAGCAGCGGAAUUUACAAUCCCGCAACUGGAGAGUUUGAGUGGAAGAAUGCCACGAAUGCUGCGAUUGGUGGGGGCGCGGCUCCAGUGCUCGAUAUCAAGACUGAAACGUCUUUGAUCAAGUCCACUGUCACACAGCACUUGAGCGCCGCUUCUUCUUCUGGCGCAUUCACAUCUGUACCCACAUCUGGUGUCAUCAGUGCGUCUUCUGUUGUGGAAGUAUCUUCAGCAUCGCCGACAUCACAAUCCACGCCUUCUACCACCAGGACAAUGUCUUUCGCAAAGGUGUCGCCCAGACCAACGAAACCGGCUGAUCCCCAGACGGCGUACGUCACUUCGGUUAUCUACGAGUACGUCACUGUGUAA